UUACCAGCCAGAGUUCCCCGCAUUACCGAAACGCCGGAACGCUAGCGCGCCGGGGGUACGUAAUUGGCACUGUCCGAAUUCCAUUCACCUUCUGCAACCGUGAGACUUCCCAUCACAUCGUCAGUCCAGAACGGCGGCGCCCGCCAUGCCAUCCACGCAAGCCGCGCCCGGCGACGGAUCUUCCCGCGUCUCGCGCCUUCUCCGCCCACUCCACCGCUUCGUCUAUUACGCUACCGUCGCGCUGAUAUCGGCCUCCUACCCUAUCCGAGGCAUCUGGUACUUCCUGCGCCAUCCCGAGUUCUACCCGCUUUUCGUAUCGCGCCUCCUCCCUCUCUCCCUCAUCUCAUUCUUGGUCUACUUCUUGCUCUUCACCUUCGCCUUCUUGCCGCAGUUCCUCUUCCUCCUCAUAUUCCAUGGCCGCGCCGGCGCCUUGAUCAACACGACAGUCCUCGUGCUGGGCGAGGGCCUCGUGAUCAUCCAAGGAUUGUUCGAGGGCUUCUUCGUCGACGAGUGCCGUGUGGACAUCUUCGAUGCUACCCUGAUCCAGCACGACCUCACCGACCUCAUCGCGCCGCAUCGCGUCCUCUUCUUGGAAGCUCCGAACGCUGUUCGAAUGCUGGGCAAGCCGACAAGUCGCGCAGAAUACCAACCAUGGAGCCUGAUACAGAUCAUUGAGCUGAUCGUUUUCCUGCCGCUCAACCUGGUUCCCUUUGUCGGCACGCCUGCUUUCAUCAUGAUCACCGGUUUGCGCCUCGGCAAACUCUCGCAUCACAGAUGGUUUAAGCUGCGAGGAUUGAACAAGAAGGAAGUUAAGAGGGAGCUCGAGGCGAGGCGGUGGGAAUAUCUCUGGUUCGGGACGGCUGCUAUGAUCCUGGAGCUCAUCCCGAUUCUAAGCUUCUUCUUCCUGCUGACCACCACUGCCGGUGCGGCCAUGUGGGUUGCAAAGAUGGAGGAGCGAGCGAGGAUACGAGUUGGGCGGCCCGUGCCACACGAAGACGUCGUACACCACGAGGGCGAGGGGCCCGAUUAUCAUGAUGACGAUGUUUGAGCCUAUCAUGCGAAGAGUUUUCAGUGGUUCUUACCUCUCCGCGCUACCUGUGCGUUUGUGCACUGGUAGCCUUGACCUGCAGAGCAAAG